AAUCCGGCUCUUGGAUUCAGCCAGAUUCAGUUGCCAGAUACCAGGAUGUAGGGAUGGGUGUCGAUUGGGAUCUGCAUUAUUUUGAUAGAUUAGGAGAAGCUGCAAAUGACCUAAAUUUAGGUGGUAAAACUGGAGUGUAUGCAGACCAAGUAAAAGGCGAUAGGUGCCAAAUUAUAGUUUUUCUGUCUUUCUUGUACCAGGAUGUUUUGUGGCCCUUCUAUGUCUUGUUUUAUGACCAAAUUUUGCCAGGAUCAGAUGCUGAACCUGAGUUUUGUGGUACUGUUGUACUGGUGAGCUUCAGGGUCUGUGUUUUUAAGGUGCACUAAUAAGAGCUAAACAUAUUUUCUGUUCAGGCAUGAAACUUAGGUAGAUGGGGUUAAAAACUGCCAGGAUCUAGCAGGUCCCACCUGAUGGAUCCAGAGUUUGGCAAUGCAACUGAGGUGGGAUGUCUCAGGGUCUGGGGUAUUUGUUGCAAUUGGAACAGCUAGGCUUGUUCUUCAUUUAAGGGGUGGAAUUUGGAAGGCUAGGCCAAAAAUUGGCAAGAUCCAACUUGUACCCUGACCCUUCAGACCAUUUCUAAUUGAAGGCUGAGGCUUUGGUGUCCUUUAAGCCCAAGAUCUUAAAGGCUUUUUCUAAGGAAAAAAAAGGGAGGUGCAAGGGGAGAAAGCAGCAGGAGAUAUAAUCGGUGUCAUGAGUUAAUAAGGGACUUGUGCAAGUGGCAAGCGUGGAGAUGCGGGAGAGAGAGAUGGAGAUCUAAACGGCGUUAGGACCGCUCGGCGCGCUCAGGUCUGGAGGUGGUAUAAGGUUUGCAAUCCCUCUACUUGCUGGCAGUUGCAGGAGAAGAUUGCUUUUAAGUGAAACGUCCCCGCCACCUCUCUGAGGUUUCAUUCCCCUUAAUAGUGUCCUGCCCUUAAGUUUGAGAGCUCCUUUUGCGAUGCAGGGGCCGCGCGAGCGCUGAGGGGGGGGGGGAGGGGGAGGCAGGGGAAGGGCCACGGGAGAUUUCCAAUCCAGAAGAAUCGCUGGCAUGUAUAUUUCAUCGGAUGGACUUUCCAUGCAUCUCGUCUCCCUGCCAUCAACGCUGUGUGCAGUGACACUUCUGACUUGAGCGGAGGAAUGCGCGGAGGAAGCUUCGGCGAAACCGGUAGGAGAGGAUCUCCUCAGCGCCAGUGCUAAUUGUCGUGAUUUAUGUCCCCUCCAAGUACCUUCCACGGCUUCAUCUAAAAUAAAACGAAAGCUGGGGCCAGCCAGGAGCGCAGCCUUUGCAGCGCGUCUUGUCGCGGAGAGCCAGGGAACGUCCUGCAGCUUCCCGGAGCCCCGGUAAAAGUUUAAGGCAAAGAAGUGGCUCGGGCAGACAGGAGACCCGGCAGUGCAGCGGGGCUGGCAGGCAACCCUGAGCGGCUGCUGCUGACUUGUUCCAGGGGGAGCGUCGCUCCUGGCCCCCCUUCUCUGAUCUGCCGGUCGCCGAGCUUUGCAGUGGAGCCGGAGGAGUUCCUCCCCCUUCGCCCCGGGGCGAGCUCCGCGGGGCAGCUCCAGGGCAGUCUACAGGUCCCGGGGCAGGGGCGGAGAAGGGGGCUCCGACCUGCCGGCUGGCGGGGGCUGCUCUUCUCCAGCCCUUGAACUCUUCGGCGUCACCAGGAACUUGUGUUGGGCGUGCGGCACACGCCUGCCAGGCUCCCCGCGGCCGGGGGACGGGGCACAGCGGGCGGAGCAGCCUCCCACCCGUGCGCCCCUGGCUCCCAUGCUCCCGCUGCCGGAGGGGGAUGAGGCUGGCAAGGUCCCAGGCAGCGCGGUGUCCGCUCUCCUCCCCGCUCUAACGAGAGGGAUUGCUCCACAUGGGUGUUGGUGCCAGAAGAAAAGAAUGAUUGAUGGGAAACAGACACCAGGCUGUAGACACUCAUCCUUUUGCUUCAGAUGCUGAUUUAUCAGUGCGUCUGGGUAUCUCUUGUGAGCUUUGAACACGGAGGAUCACUCGGGGUUACCAACAGUACGAGUGAAGACCUACAACUUUGCUAAAUUAUUAUCUGCUCUCAGACAUCUUUUACAGAAAGCCCUGAUAGACACAUUAUAAGACAAAGGACAAGCUUCAGAUUUCGGUGAAAAGCUGUUGUUUGAAUAUGUUAGGCUUCCACCAAAGUCUUCAACUUAGUAAAGCAAGCACCAUAUUCUAACAUUUCACGUUCAGUUGUGGAACCUGUUUUAUAAGAUACAUACAUAAAUAUACAUGUACAUAUAUUUAUAAUCUAUAGACUGUCCUUAAAUCAAUACUGGUUAUAAUUAUCAAGGCAAUUUCAAAGGAUUUAGAGAUGUAUUUGUCAAGAUUCCUGUCACUUCAUGCCCUUUGGGUUACUGUAUCUUCAAUGAUGCAGCAUUAUCCUUCAGUGUGGGGACAUUAUGACGUGUGUAAGACUCAGAUUUACACUGAAGAAGGCAAAAUUUGGGAUUACAUGGCCUGUCAGCCAGAAGCCAGAGACAUGAUCAAAUAUGUGAAAGUGACCCUGGAUCCCCCUGAUAUAACAUGUGGAGAUCCUCCCGAGACCUUCUGUGCAAUGGGGAAUCCCUACAUGUGCAAUAAUGAAUGUGAUGCAAGUACCAAUGAACUGGCACAUCCACCUGAACUGAUGUUUGAUCUUGAAGGAAGACAUCCCUCCACAUUUUGGCAGUCUACAAUGUGGAAAGAUUAUCCAAAACCUCUCCAGGUUAACAUUACCCUCUCCUGGAACAAAACCAUUGAACUAACAGAUAACAUAGUUAUCACCUUUGAAUCUGGCCGUCCAGACCAAAUGAUCCUGGAGAAAUCACUUGACUAUGGGCGAACUUGGCAGCCAUACCAGUAUUAUGCCACAGACUGCUUAGACGCUUUCCAUAUGGAUCCAAAAUCAGUGAAGGAUUUAUCACAGCACACAGUCCUAGAAAUCAUUUGCACAGAAGAAUACUCCACUGGGUACAUGACAAAUAGUAAAAUUAUCCACUUUGAGAUCAAAGAUCGAUUUGCAUUUUUUGCUGGACCUCGGCUUCAUAAUAUGGCUUCCCUGUAUGGCCAGCUUGACACAACCAAGAAGCUAAGAGAUUUCUUUACCAUCACAGACCUGAGGAUAAGAUUGCUCAGACCAGCAACUGGGGAAAUAUAUGUAGAUGAGCAGCACUUGGCACGCUACUUUUAUGCAAUCUCAGACAUAAGGGUAUAUGGAAGGUGCAAGUGUAACCUUCAUGCCACUGGCUGUAAAGAAGAAAACAAAAAAUUGUUUUGUGAAUGUGAGCACAAUACUACAGGCCCAGACUGCGGGAAAUGCAAGAAGAAUUAUCAGGGUCGACCUUGGAGUCCUGGCUCAUAUCUGCCUAUUCCUAAGGGCACAGCAAAUAUCUGUAUUCCAAGUAUUUCCAGUAUUGGUAACUGUGAAUGCUUCGGCCACUCCAACCGGUGCAGUUACAUCGAGCUGCUAAACACAGUCAUUUGCGUGAGCUGUAAACACAACACUAGAGGGCAGCACUGUGAGUUAUGCAGGCUGGGCUACUUCAGAAAUGCUUCUGCAGAGCUGGAGGAUGAAAAUGUAUGCAUAGACUGUAAUUGUAACCCUUUUGGCUCUGUCUGUGAUCGCUGUAAUGACACAGGAUUCUGUGAGUGUAAGGAGGGAACAUCAGGGCGUAAAUGUGAUAAGUGUCUGCUGGGAUAUAUCUGGCACAGCCUAGGCUGUCAACCAAAUGUAUGUGACAAAGAACUACUGCAAUGCCAGAAUGGAGGAACAUGCCUCAAAAACAUGCGAUGCCAGUGUCCUCCAGCCUACACUGGCAUUUUGUGUGAGAAGUUGAAGUGUGAAAGGGAUCCAGGAGGCUGCAGCCCAAACUCCGGCAAUGUGGCAGUAUCACAUGGCCCUCUAUUACCGCUGACUGCUCUACUAGGAAUAACUGGGCUUUUCAUAUUCUAGGCUCCGUCUGGUUGAUGGCAUCGCGUUCAGACUGCUUCAGAAGGAAUGUGCCACAAAAAAGCAAAACAAAACCCAAGCAUUUGCUACUAAAAUUUAAAAAAGAAAAAAGAAAACCACGUAUAAACUAAGAAGGCCCAACUGAACUAAGCCAUAUUAAUCAAUUGUGGACUGCACUCUGAGUCAAAAGACUUAAUUUCUGACUCAAGACAAGUUGGCAGCUGCCAAGUCUAUUACUACAAACAACACUGCCAGCUGCAAAGAGUACAAAGGAUUGAAAAGGCUUUGACAAGCCCCCAAAAUGGAAAAUAAAAAACAUUUGCCACUUUGAUAUGGUGCGCUACUGUACCUCUGCCCAGUGUGUGGACCAACCAAAUAGAGGCAUUCUUUGCUGUCAGUGCAUUGUGGGUAUAAGGAAAUCUGUUAAAGCUGCCAUAUUGGCCUGCUUCAGUCCCUAAAUCCCUUCCAACCUGUGCUUUAGUGAACAUUGCUCUGUAACCCUUGUUGGUUGAAAGGUUUCUUUGUCUGAUGUUAGUGACGCACAUGUGUAACAGCCCCCCCCCCCCCCAAUAAAACUCAAGACAGUCAUAUCCUUGUAUAUUUUAGCAGCACCGCAUCAGUAAGAUGCUGUGUUCAUCUACUGUACAAGAGUGGCUACAGGACAAAAAGUGUAUUUAUCCUUUUGUAUUCAAAUGAAGUUAUUUUUCUUGAAAUAAUGUACAAUGUAGAUUUUUUGUAUUAUUGACAAUUUGUGUUACCAGACAAUUUAUUAAUGUAUUUAAUUCUAAUCGGAUAAGAAAAUUACUACUUUUUAUUUAAUCUUUCUUUUUUUUUCUUUUCUCCUUUCAUUUAAUUGUGCAGAGAUUUCUCUGUAUGGACAACGUGCUGGCAUCAAAGAAUAUCAGUUUACAUAUAUAACAAGUGUAAUAAGAUUCCACCAAAGGACAUUCUAAAUGUUUUCUUGUUGCUUUAACACUGGAAGAUAAAAAAAAUAAAUAAAAAUUCCUGCAUAAACAAUUUCAGGAAUUUGUAUUGCAAUUUCUUAAGACAAUUUUUAAAAAUUAUUUCCUUGAUCAUUUUAAGGUCUGCUAUAUGGAUGAAAUACAAAUUCAACUUCAGAAUUUAGUUCACAAUGAAGUCUGACUAACUAACAUGUUUUCUUCUCUAUCAAUCCACUCUGAAUAAAAAGAUACCUUUUGUUUGAGGAAAAGGUUAUAAAAAACCCUAAAUCUGUAUUCACUCUAGUAAU